AGUUUGUUAUUGCGGCUAGAGUUUUCUCGGACAGUAAACAAAACCAGCUGACUAAUCGGAUUUUUGUUGUUGAAUUAAACGAGUUUUCUGAAUUUCUCUAAUAAAAUUAUUUCUAAGAACAGAGAUUUUAUUUGCGAAAUAUUAAAGGAAAAUGUCACUCGGCUACACAUUUCUAGGUUGUCCAUUUUUACUAAAUAUCGAUAACAAGGAAAUCCUUUAUGAGAUUCUGAACUACUCGGUUGAUGUGCUUCUUGGCAAUAGUGAUGAGCAUCAAAUGGAAAAACAUUGCCACAAGUAUGGGUUUCAGAAUGUGCACGAUUUCAUGUUGAUGACUCGUAAAAUUGCGCGUGCCUACAGGUCACACUACGAAAAUGAAAAUUCCACGGAAGCGGAAUUGCUCUACGAAUUUAGUAAUUUAAGUCCUGAAUUCCAGCGAUUGGUACCAGCAGUAUAUGAGGCGCGUAAAUCAGAAAUUGGAAAAUAUAUGUUGCAGCUGCAUAAUGCCCAAGAACAUCCGUUGGUAUUGUCAUUCGACUAUGAUGCUCGUGUGGUACUUGGAGAUAGUAGCUUCGCUCAAAAUUACCGUGAACUAGUACGACUAUACUUCAAUUGCUGUGAUGCGAAUGGCAAAAUAAGCAAAAUACAUUUUGAAAUGAAUCCAGAUAAAUUGAAUGAAUUUAUUAUGGCCUUGGAAGAAGCACUUGCCAAAGAUAACAAUAAAAGUAGUCUCAUGCAGCCCUAAAAUUAGGCAGUUUUUUCUGAAUGUUUAAGUUCGUUGGAAAAAAUGUGUACUAUCAUUUUCGGGGAACUCUGGAAAGUUUUGUUACGUAUGUAUGUGUGUAUUUAUCAAAUACUCCCGCCUCCUUCAUAUUUCCCGUGCUUAGAUAGUAAUAAGUUAAUAAAGUAGUAAAACGUAGUACAUUACACACUUUGUAUAGCGACCUAAAGUAUUUACACAAAAAAAGAAGUUAAUAAACAAAAAUACAGGCUCUCAACCACCCGCGAAUCCCAUGUAUCACCCUUUAUAGUCCUCCCAAUAAAUAAACUGCAACAGCAACAAGUAUUGUUGUUGUAACAGUAUAAAAAUGUCUAAUUUUGAUUUGCUGAAGUGAUAGUCCUUGCGUAGACUCGCGUCAUGGGACGAAAACAACGUCCUUGCAUCUUGUAUCGGUACUUCAGAAGAACGAACAAACGCUUCGUUCCCAGGACAGCCGGUUCUACGUAACCGGAACGACCCGAAUAUAUGUACAUCUACUCGUAUACGGCCAAGGACUGUCACUUCAGCAGCAUUCCCCGUAUAUGUAUGGGGAAUGCCAAUGAUGUUACAAUAACAACAACGAGCAAUGGCGACGCGUUCUUCCACGACAAGCAGUUCUUCAUCUGGCCAACUGGUACUGUCGCUACAUGUAUAGGGAUGUUUAUGCUGCUACCACAACGGUUGGUAUGUAGUAAGAUGGUAACUCGCACUCGCGCGAUCACUCGAAAUCGCGCAAAAACAAUUUUAUUAAGGGAUGUUACUUGAAAAAUGUUUCCGACCGAGACUUCAUGCUUCAUGGCCUACCGUCAGUUGCCAUCGAGGACAAUGAAUAGUACUCAAAGUUUGGUUAACUAUUAGCAUACAAAUUUCAAAAAAAAAAUUACUAUGUACUCGAUAUUUUUUAAACAAUAACCGGGCCUUCAUGACAUUUUUAUUUUAUAUACGUAUGUAUGUCCAUACGUAGAUUGUUAUAUUCAACUACAAAUAAUGAAGUCAUGAGUACAGUACAGUAAGAGUAGACUAGAGGAGCGAGCUAUACAGAGUUGUAAUUACAGAAACAUUCCCUAGCAUUUGACUAUUUCUGCCAACUACAGUAUCAAUAAUAGUGAAUAAAUAUUUUAAA